UUUUAAUUCUUUUCCUUUUUUUUUUCCUUUCUCUCUUUAUAUCCCAGAUAUGUGUCUUAACCAUGAAAAACAAGAAUAUCCCUCAAGUAACUAUACCAAACCAUCUACCUAUGUCGAUUCUCUAGAAGUGGCAUUGAAUCAUCUUGAUCUGGAAUGUGAUUAUGAAAAAGCCGAUGCCAUUGUGAAAGAAGCCAUUGACAAUAUUUCGUCUGAACUUCGAGAAAUUAGUCUAGAUCUUCAUGCCAAUCCUGAAACUGGUAUGAAAGAAUACCAUGCUCAUCAAGUAUUGACUGAUUAUUUGGAAGGAAAAGGGUUCAAGGUGACUCGACAUGCUUAUGGUAUGGACACAGCAUUCACUGCUGAAUACAGUAAUGGUGAUGGUAAAAGAGUUGGUGUAUGCUCAGAGUAUGAUGCUUUACCUUCUAUUGGACAAGGAUGUGGACAUAAUUUGAUUGCUAUUUGUGGUGUUGCUGGAGCCAUUGGUUUAAAGGCAUUACUUGAAAAGGAUGUUGCCAAAGGUAGGGUGGUUCUCUUUGGUACUCCAGCUGAAGAAGUUUUUAUUGGCAAGAUUGAAAUGGUCAAUCAAAAGGCUUUCCAAAAUAAUGUAGAUAUUUGUGUUAUGCUUCAUCCUAGUCCUGUGGAUGCCCAAUAUGUUCAUAUGAUUGCUUCUCAAGAUGUGGUUGUGGAAUUCUUUGGAAAACCUUCUCAUGCUUCUGGAUCCCCUUGGGAAGGUGUCAAUGCAUUAGAUGCUAUGGUUCAAGCUUACAAUAAUAUCAGUAUGCUUCGACAACAAUUACUUCCUACUGAUAGAGUUCAUGGUAUUAUCACUAAUGGUGGGGCUGCUCCAAAUAUCAUUCCUGAUCAUACAUCUGCCUGGUUCUACGUACGAACACACAAAUACGGUGAUAUCCAUAGAAUCAAGACUAAGGUAGAACAAUGUUUCGAAGCUGCCGCCAAAGCAACUGGAUGUCAGGUUAAAUAUAAAUGGACUGAACGUGGUGCUACUCGAGAUGUGGUACAAAACAGUAUAUUAGCUGAUACGUAUGCUCAUUAUAUGAAACAGACUGGUGUAGUAUUCCCUGAUCGAACAUUACAAGAAUCCUAUCCAAGUGGCUCAACGGAUAUGGGCAAUGUCAGCUACUCAGUACCAUCCAUCCAUCCUAUGUUUUCUAUUCAUUCCAAAGAAGGUGUCUCUACUCAUUCAAAGGAAUUCGCCGCUCAAGCCAAAACAGAACAAGCACAUCAAGAUAGUAUUAGGGCAGCCAAAGCGAUGACAAUGGCCGCAGCAAAAGUGUUACUUAGUGAUAAGUUUUAUCAAGCAGUCAAGUUGGAUUUCGAAACCACCGUCAAAGAAGAAGAACGUCAAUGAAGAAUUUCUCUAUAUUUGGGAGUUUAGUGUCUAUUUUUAUAUUAUAAGAUUGCCGCAGUAUACAAAUAAAAAAACAUGGAUUUUUUUUUUUUUUUUGUUUCUU